UAUGAAUAUAGAUAUAGAUUUAUCGCAUUCUACAACCGAUCACGCUAAUGUUCCCGUUUCCGCAAAUACAACAUACACCGCUGAUAUUUCAAACACUAUUAUAAAUUACGAUUCCAACGAUAUACAGUCCUUACGUAAUUCCGAACAACUUAAUAAAUUUUUCUCCGCGGAUUAUAACGGUCCGUUCACUACCAUUGCGGUACAUUCAGAUAUCAACCUAAAAAUUGAUCACUGGCACCCGUUAAAAUAUGCAAAAAUUUUUUCCACCAAUUUCAUUGGCAUCAACAACAUCAAACCAAUUGGUCAUAAAAAAAUCAAAAUCACCUUCAAUACUAAAGUUUCAGCCAACAACUUUCUCACCUCCCCUCUACUCGCAAACAUUGGAUUUACAGCAUAUAUUCCAUCUACGCUUAUCUACUCUUUCGGAAUUAUCAGAGUCGAUAGUUCCCUAACCGAAGAAGAUUUCUGGGAAGGACUUGAUAACACAGUCCGCGCUAUUGCCUUCAAACGCAUUUCAAUCAAAAAGGAUAAUGUCCUAACGCCUACUCGUGUUGUGGAAAUAAAAUUUUUAUCCCCCAAAAUCCCAGAUGCCGUAUCAAUUUACAACGUCAUUUUCAAAAUUUCUCCUAGCGUCCGUUCUCCCAUACAGUGCAAUAACUGUUUGCGAUUUGGCCACACGGCUAAAUUCUGUCGCAGUAAAUCCAAAUGCAGCCACUGUGGCUUAAAUGACCAUUCAUUAACUACUUGCCCUUCAAUCAACGCAACAGAUCCAGUUUGCAUCUUCUGUAAACUCCCCCACCUCUCCACUGACCGGAAUUGCCAAGAGUGGUCAUUCCAAAGGGAUGUUAAGAAAAUUAUGGCUACGGAAAACUUACCCUUCCGCGAAGCAGUCUCUCUCAAGAAAAAUAAUUACUCCUCAAGUGCAUUUAGCUAUUCAAAUAUUGUUAAUAAACAGUCUGUGUUAAAUCCUUCUCAUCAAGUUCCGGAUACCUCCACUAACUCUUUCCCCCCGUUAACCUCUCAAUCACAUUACCACCAUACACCUCAUAGGAAGUAUAACAAUCAUUCUUCUCACUCUAAACAAAAACAAUUUCACGUUCCCAACCAAUCUAAUUUUUCCCUACCAAAUGGGCACUUCAUAGAUUAUGCUAGUAAAAAUCGGUCCCAGGAUCCCAAACCUCCUCAAUUUGACCUAACCUGGGUCAAUGCCUUCUGCAUCAAACUCUCCGAAUCCUUAUCCAACUCCCCUAGCCUCUCUCCCUUAUCUCCCUCUUCCCUUCAAAACUUAAUUGAAUCAUCCCUUAUGUCUUGUCUCUCGAUUCCAAAAAUCUCCGUUAUUUCUUCUAAUGGUCAAUAUUCUACAAUGGAAUGUUCGUAG